AGCUUUCAUUUUCCUUCUAUUUUUGCUUGCAAGCAUCAUUUUUGUGAUUGGAAAGCCAAUAUGUUAUGUGCAACUUAGAAUUCUUCUGAGGAAGGAUUCUGCCUUCAUUACCUGUUACUAUGACAUAAUGACGUGGUUCAAGAGUUUGCGGGUUAACGGUAGCAGGAAGGCGAGCGCUUGCUCGAACAGCAUCGACGCCAACCCAGGCAAAAACCAGAGGCACCAAACAGUAUGCUACUAGCAACAGCUUCAUCCUUUUAAGCUUAAGGUUGGCUGCUUUGUGGGUAAAUGUCUUUAUACCUGCUGGUUUAUAUAGGGGUGUUGGCAGUUGAAGUUUAGGAGUUGAGAAAAUUCCAAUCCCAUUUGAAUAUGGGGUUGUGAACUUAAAAGUAGUAUUCAUCCCAUAGUUAUGUGACCAUAUAGUAAAGAUAUUAUAUGCAUAGGUCAAAAUCCCACUUCCUUUCUUUGAGGUUGGAAUAGAUAAAAAAGGGUUCAUAACAAAGGUAUGAGCAUACCCAUAUAGUGCUCCUACCAAUGUUGAUAUUUGUUUUGGGCCACGUCUCACAUUGAUUGGAGAUAAAAGUGUCAUACUUGUCUUUUAGAUGGUAUCACAAGUGCAUCUUUCCUCUUUAACAUUGUUGGGUUUUAAUGGAAAUAUGCCAUUUAGUUAGGGGUAAUGGGAGUGUUGUGUUAAAUAGGUGUGUAGUGGGUUAGCAUGCACUAUAUAUAUAUAGAGAGAGAGAGAGAGAGAUAGAUAUAUACAUAUUUUUGUAGUUGAACUCAAUACACUACUAGAACCGUUCCGAGUGGAUGAGUUGGGCCUUGGACCUAAUGGGCUUGCUAAACGGACCUCCUAAUAAUUCUAAAAAUUGCUCAUUUUAAAAAAAGUUUUUACAAUUAUUUCGAACAUCCUUAUAUUUAUUUAUAAAACUUUUUUUUUAUCAUUUUAAAAGUUGACAAUUAGGUGGUGUUGAAUUUGAAAUUGUAAAUGUUGAAUUAUUCACAAUGAAUAAUAUAAUUUAAAUCUAUGUAGUGUUUGAUUUUGUCACCGUUGUAGUUUUAGUUGUUUAUUAAAAAUGAGUGUAAUUGCUAUUUAUUUUGUAUAUAACAUUUAAAAAUUAUUGAGUUAAUUUUAAUUUCAAACAUUAGAAUUAGAAUUACAAUUCAAUUCUAUCUUUUAGCCAAAUAUAUGAAAUAAAAUUAAAUUUCAAGUUUAGUCGUGGCAAGGCUAGGCUGGAUGGACGGGGGCGGAGCUCUGUAGCUAAUGAUUCGUUCCUUAAACUCAACGUCGACGGCCCCAGAGAAAAAUCACAACCAUUCAAAUUCAUUAAACCAAAUGCAGAAUUGUUAUUUCCUAAAAUUAUUAUCCUUGGGCUAUGAUUUCACAAUCGUAGAUUCUUAAACUGAGACACGGUUGGACGCGGCCAGAAAAAAGCUAGGGUUUCGAGGUCUGCUAUGGAAGACAGCUCCAUUUGCCACAAAGAAGCUCAUCCCAAGCCAUCGCCCUCUAAUUCUGAAAUCGGUAGACUUGUCCGGAUAUCAUUUGCUGAUCCUGGCGCUACCGACUCCUCUGGCGACGAGUCAUCUGGCCGACCAAGACCAGUCAAGAAGGUCGUGAAUGAGAUUCGCAUUCAAACCGCUCGUGAAAAUAGGAAGCAGAAAGAAGCGGUUCAGGCCAGGAGUAGUCCGCCACCGGCUAGCAAACGCCGGAACUACAAAGGACUCCGGAUAUCAGUUCCUGAUCCUGGUGCCACUGACUCGUCCGGCGAUGAACGAAACGACGACGUAUUUGGCCGACAAAAACUUAUCAAUAAGUUCGUCAACGAGAUUCGCACCGGAAUUGCUGGUAGAAAUAGAAAGCAGAAAGAAGCGGUUCAGGCGAGGACGGCUAGCAAUGGUCGGCAGGACAAAGGAGUUUCUGAUCCUGACGCUACUGACUCGUCCAGCGACGAAGAAGACGACGAGCUAUUAGGACGGGCAAAACUAGUCGAAGAGUCCGUGAAUGAGAUUCGCAACGAAACCGCUUGUAAAGAUAGAACGAAGAAAGAAGCGGUUCAGGCGAGGAGGAGUCCGCCGCCGGCUAGCAAUCGUCGGAAGUACAAAGGAGUCCGGAUAUCGGUUCCUGGUCCUGGUGUUACCGACUCGUCCAGCGAUGAAGAAGACGACCUAUUUGGCCGACCAAAACUAGUCAAAAAUCUCGUGAAUGAGGUUCGCACUGAAACCGCUUUUAGAAAUAGAAAGGCGAAAGAAGCGGUUCGGGCGAGGAUCCCUCCGCCGGCUGCCAAUAGCCGGAAGUACAAAGGAGUCCGGCGACGGGAGUCCGGAAGAUGGGCGGCGGAGAUCCGGGACCGGCGGAGGCGGGUCCGGCAUUGGGUGGGGACCUACGACACGCCAGAGGAGGCCGCUAUGGCUUACAACAACGCUGCCAUUAAACUCGGCCUGGAACUUCCGACUGCCCAGCCCCAACCAGGUAGCAAUGAUAAGUACAAAGGAGUCCGGGUUUCAGUUACUGAUCCUGCUGCUACUGGCUCGUCCAGAGAUGAGGAUAACAAGUUAUUCGGCCGGCCAAAGCUAGUCAUAAAGUUCAGAAAUAAGAUUUACAACGAAACCGCUAGUAAAAAUAGAAAGAAAGAAGCGAUUCAGGUGAGGACUCCGCCGCCGGCUAGCAAUGGUCGGAAGUACAAAGGAGUCCGGCAGCGGUCGUCGGGGAGAUGGGUGGCGGAGUUCCGGGACCGGCGAAGGCGGGUCCGGCAUUGGCUGGGGACCUACGACACGCCGGAGGAGGCCGCCAUGGCUUACAACAACGCCGUCAUUAAACUCGGGUUGAAAGUUCCGGAUGCCCAGCCCAACCAGGCAGCGCCGCUACAACCAGAGAGCUCGUGAUCUGGGCCUAGCAACCCGCUGGAAAGUGCUGAUAUUUGCGACUUUUAAAGCUAUUGGUAAAGGGAAGACUGAUAAAUAUUUCCACUGCAUUUAUGAUGGAACUUGGGACACUAUCAAGAUAGCUUUACUGCCAUCCAGGAUUUUAGGAUGUAUGUUCAAGAGGGAAAAUAUUUUGAGAUCAGAUUGCUCUAUCUUCCUGGAGUUAUUCUAGCUGGGAAUCUUGGUUUCAUGGUUGACAUGCUAGUGAUCCCAGUUGUUGCCCUUUGCAGAAGGCCCUGUCAUGCUGGUCAAGGGGGUGGCACUGUUUAUUUCAUGACUGUAUUGGUCAACAAGGCCCUUUUUUGGAGACCUUUUGCAUAACAAUUGCUGGCCUGGCCAUUCUGGGCUGGUCGUUGUCUGUUGCUGGGGCUGUAUUAGGUGGGACUGUAUUAGGCUCCAUGGUAUCGGCUACCUUCUUAGGUGCUUAUGCAGCAGUGGUGGUAUAUCAGGCCUCUGUCGAAAGAAAGCUGUGCCGCCUUAAAGUGGUUUCUCAUGGCCCGUUUCUUUAAAAAUUCUUCCUUCUCAUGGAGUGUCAAUUAAGAGUACUAUGGUUGAAUUGAAGCCACUGGAGCUACUUGAUAACUAAUUAAAGGAGUGUCAAUGACACAGGGAAAUAAUGGUUUCCCAAGGACUCAUAGAUCUUUUAAGGAAUUGGAAGAUGCCAUGUUUAACAAAAAUCGGGGUGGAGUCAUAUCAAUUGGCUUGCCUGGUUAUUCCCUGCUACAGAUGCUAAUACGUUCUGCAGAAGCUAAUUCUGCCUGUUUAUUACCAAAUGAGUCUGGGCAACAGUUCUCGGAUAACUUUUUCCCCUGCCUAAGGCCCAAUUGAGCAAACAGCUCUGCAAAGAAAUGAUUUUGGAAAUUUCUCCAUUGAUGCAGGAGAUAAUGCUAACUGAGGAACCAGCAGUAAUGGAUCCAAAGAAGCAUUAUUUGAUUGGUUUUUCAAUCAACUUCAGAUCAUCAAAUCAAGGCCCAGGACCUUUCUGAGGCGGAGGACUACCUAUGAAAUGAAAAGUACUAGUAUCGGCCCUGCACUUAAUUCUCGAGCUUAAGCAAGCUAAACUUGAUGCACUUGCUCAAAGGCUUUGUGGGAUUGCCAAAUCUUUCUCUAGGGAUCAAACAUUCAUGCGCCUUUUGAUGAUGGCAUAAUGGCCUAUCCCAAUAUCGCGCCAUGAAAAAUAAUGGCAGCGCAGCCCCGAUCCGUAAGGCUGUCUCCAACGUUUCACCAAAACGCCCACCAAGCCAAAUUAAUAGUGAGACAAUUUGAUUUGGAGAUGUCCAAUGCUGCUCUCCAUUGCCAAAAUGCUAAAUCCACUCGCCAAAGUUUUGGCAAACCUUAGUCGCCUCUGCCAGAUUUGGCGAUCCAUCUCGGCCAAGCAUCUCUCGCUGUCUUUCUCCCACAAAGGCCAUCUAACAUGGGUGGAAGUCGAUUUGCCGACAGAAGAGGCUCGCCAUUGCAGCAGACUUGGCGACGAAGGACCAGGGUCUUCUAUAAGAGGAAAGUGGUUAGAGAAGACCACCUCUUAACAUCGGAGAGUGAGCAGAUAUGGUGACGACAACAAGCAGACACGAUGACAAGAGGGGAACUGUCGCAAAGGCGGUAGUUUGAAGUGAUCAGAGGUUGUGUCAAUAUGUAUUUGUAUAUUUGGUUAUUGAUUAUUGAUUUUGUAUAUGUGUAUUUAAUUAUUAAUUUUAUAAAAUAAAUAUUAAAUUAUAGUA